UCUGCUGUAAAGCAGCGUGCCGUAUUCCAGUCGGUGUUGUUGUUGGGUGCUACACUGGCAGGAGGAUGUGGAUCUUUAAAUUAAGUACUUUAGCGUUUUGGUUAUUUUGGGGGGGACAGUAUAACACGCUUGCUCUUCAGGAUGUUACGGCCGACCUUUUCGGCUCCGCCAAUUCCGGGACGGUGGCGGCGUUUGGAGAUUUUAACGCGGAUAAACAGACAGACAUCUUCCUGAUCAAAAACCAGUCUGAAUUGGUCAUAUUAUUGGCUGACUCCAAACCACCUUACUUCAAGCCCAAAGUUCACGUCAAAGACAUUUUGGGAAAGGGCACCGGCAUCACCAGUGUGGUUCCUGGAGACUAUGAUGGAGACUCUCAGAUGGAUGUCCUCCUUACAGGUCCAGACAACCAGAACACUGUAGUUUUCAUCUUUUGGGGAAACAACCAGACAUUAGAUAUUGGUGGGUGGGUCAAGUUGAACCGGACCUUUACUGAUCAGCCUCUUGUCAUGGAUUUUAAUGGGGACAUGAUUCCAGAUAUUUUUGGGAUUGCCGAAUCUUCCUCGACUGAAGUCUGCUCUCUUACCCAAAGGAUUCAAGUGUGCAGGAAGGCACUGAAUUCAACUGGUACCAUGCGCAAGCCUCAUUCUAACGCUUUCAUUGACCUCAACAAGGACUUCACUGCUGAUUUGUUCCUGACGAUGGAAAAAGAUCAGUUUGAGACGUGGAUCAACAAGGACGGGAACUUCACCAAGACUCAAGUCCUGUCAAGGCCAGCUGAUGUCCAUCAUAAUGGGCAGUCUGCCUUUGUCGACUUUGAUGGCGAUGGCUACCAGGACCACCUCCUUCCUGCAUGUUUGGAUGAAAACUGUCAACUGAGUGCCAUCUACCUCGCCAAGUCAGGCUCAAAAGAGUGGAUAAAAGUUCUGUCAGAUUUCAAGCGGAAAGAAACAGUCUGGGGCUUUGUGCCAGGGAUAUCCAGCCAACCCCUGACCCUUCACCUUGGGGACUACAACCUGGACGGCUUCCCUGAUGCCCUGGUGGUCCUUCGUAACACAAGUGGAAGUGACCAGCAGGCCUUCCUGUUGGAGAACGUGCCCUGUAACCUCGACACCUGCAGCAGCGUUGGACGAAUGUUCCACAUCCACUGGGACCAGUCAGAUUUGGGAGCCAUUCAAAAUGCCGUUAUGGCAACUUUCUUUGACAUCUAUGAAGAUGGUAUUUUAGACAUGCUGGUUCAGAGCCAGGCAGAGGGCAAAAACGACUUGAGAAUUCAUGCUUUGAAGAACAAUUUUGAAGCCGAUGCCUACUUCGUUAAAGUGAUGGUACUCAGCGGCCUCUGCUCCAAUGACUGCCCUGAAGGUGUUAAGCCUUUUGGUGUGAACCAGCCAGGUCCCUAUGUCAUGUACACCACGGUGGACUCUAAUGGUUACCUGAAAAAUGCCUCAGCUGGUCAGCUAAGCCAGUCGGCUUAUUUCUCCCUCCAGCUGCCCUACACUGUACUGGGGCUUGGACGCAGCGCCAACUUCCUGGAUCACCUUUUCGUCGGCAUCCCCCGGCAGCCUGGAGAGACGGACAUAAGGAAGCAGGAGUGGACAGCCAUCAUUCCCAACUCGCAACUUAUUGUCAUGCCGUUCCCACACAAUUCACCCCGCAGUUGGAGCGCCAAGUUGUACCUUACUCCCAGCAACAGCGUGUUGCUGACGGCCAUCGCGCUGAUCGGAGUGUGCGUCUUCAUCCUUGUUAUUAUUGGCAUCCUUCAUUGGCAAGAGAAGAAAGCAGAUGACCGAGAGAAGCGUCAGGAAGCCCACCGUUUCCAUUUUGAUGCCAUGUGAAGGAACAGAGCUGCAUCGCGGGAGAACAUCCUCUGCCGUCUUCCUGCGCUCGCCGCUCACCCAACCACCCUUUCCUCUUCAUACGUUUUCACUCAGACUCAUUUCACGGGCGAAUAAAUGGAUCCUCAUAUACUCCAAAACGUUUCUUUUUGAUAUUUUUCAGUCCUUGAGUCAGAUGUUAAAUAUUUAUGCUCCAUUUCAUUUAUUCAUUCCAGUGUUAGAAGUACAGGAGCUGCAACAAGGCCACAGAGACAGAGAACGAAAUCCUAAUGGGGCUCGCUCUCAAGUCUAAAGCAGUGAUUUCAGUGGACUGACUGUAGUUAGGAGUGUGAUCAUCAGUGGUGUUAAUAGUGUAUUUGGAUCCUUUUGAAAUGCCCAACAAGUAACUCCAAUGAUAAAAACAGUUUCUUUGUGUUCACUGGAAAUGAAGCACCUUUUGACAUCACGUGUAGAAAUGUGUUACUGUCCAUUGUCUUUGUGCAGCUGAUUUACCUCUGAGGGUUUUUUUUUUUCUGCAACAUUAAACUGAACUGAAUUGUGUGAUAUUAAUCUCAGCCUCACAACUGCAGAAGCAACUGGUGGAACGUGAACACAAUGCGAUAUAAUGAUGCUGCAGAACAUUUUUAUGCUUUCGAUCCCGCUAAAAAUGACAAAUGGCCCUCGUGUGUGAUGAGUGCAAGUUUGUCUCGUUUGAGUCGGGCCUAAAACGGUGCAUCAUGGGAGUGUCAGAAUAAAGAGUCGCACUCUGUAAGUGUCUAAUUCUUCUGCAUCAAAGCCUGCAAAUCAUCCACCGCCUGGUGGUCCUGCUGAAUGCGGCGCAGUUCACUAGUUUCAUGUUUUAAUUUGUUGCUGUCUUUUAAAAGUUCAGAGCUGGGUGCUCUGCUGUGUUUAUUUAUUUUCCAAGAAUGAGCUCAUGGAUUUCCAGGUGGUUUGCACUUUUCUUUUUUUAACAAAUGAUUAAUUGUGGGUGUAUGUAAUUUAUUUGGCUUGCAAAUGAAUGUUCAACAUACUAAAUGUGUUUACUUACUGAAGUUUAAAAUAAAGGUUUCUUCUGCUUAA